CUGGCGGCCUGUGUCCAGCUCAUCCCUAGUCUUCUCUGGGGCCAGAAUGAGGCAUGUUGGAUCCCUUUCCUGUGCACGGGGUCUCACUGGUGAGGUCCUUCGUGUAGAGCCACACAGCCCACCCCGUGAUCUAUGAAUGGCUCCACCCCGGGGUCAGCUUUUCAUAAACCGGAAGUGAGCUGUGUCAAGGAGGAUUCUGCUGAGGUGUCUGUUCUGGGAGGAUUGAUGAGGCAUGGCCCCCGGCUCUCUCUGCGAUACCCUCCUGUCAUAGCAUCUCUGAGCUUAGGAGGCCGCGGAUUUCCCGCUGAGCAGCGCCUGCUAGAGCUCACAUGUGCAAGGAUUCUCUGUCACUGAGACCAUCAAUCCGAUUUCAAGGAAGCCAAGGGCACAUCUCCAUCCCUCAGCCUGACUGCCCCGAGGAGGCGCGGACAUUCUCCUUCUACCUCUCCAACGUCGGCCGGGACAGCCCCCAGGGCAGCUUCGACUGCAUCCAGCAGUACGUCUCCAGCCAUGGGGACGUCCACCUGGACUGCCUGGGCAGCAUCCAGGACAAGGUCACAGUGUGCGCCACUGACGACUCCUAUCAGAAGGCCCGUGAGAGCAUGGCGCAGGCGGAGGAGGAGACUCGGAGCCGCGGGGCCAUCGUCAUCAAGCCCGGAGGCCGCUACCUGGGCAAGAAGGUUCACUUCCGGAAGCCAGCCCCAGGGGCGACAGAUGCAGUGCCUUCCCGGAAGCGUGCCACCCCCAUCAACCUGGCAAGUGCUAUCAGGAAGAGUGGUGUAAGCGGGGCCAGCGGGGUGUCCCAGAGGCCUUUCCGUGACCGGGUGCUGCACCUCCUGGCCCUGAGGCCCUACCGGAAGGCCGAGCUGCUGCUGAGGCUACAGAAGGACGGCCUGUCGCAGGCGGACAAGGACUCGCUGGAUGGCCUGCUCCAGCAGGUGGCCAAUGUGAAUGCCAAGGACGGCACAUGCACUCUGAGGGACUGCAUGUACAAGGACGUGCAGAAGGACUGGCCUGGCUACUCAGAGGGGGACCAGCAGCUGCUGAAACGAAUGCUUGUCCGCAAGCUGUGCCAGCCACAGAGCACCAGUCUGCCUGGAGACCCCGUGGCCGCCAGCCUCCCGGGCGAGCUUGGCAGCUCGGCCUCGCCCCCUCAGAAACGGCCACAGCCACCUGAUUUCAUUGACCCCCUGGCCAACAAGAAACCCAGGAUAUCGCACUUCGCCCAGAGAGCCCAGCCUGCCCUCAACGGGAAACUGAGUGUGCCCAAUGGCCGCGAGGCCCUCCUGCCCACCCCAGGGCCGCCGACUAGCACGGACACCCUCAGCUCCAGUGCCCAUCUGCCUCCGCGACUGGAGCCCCCGCGGGCCCAUGACCCCCUGACCGAUGUUAGCAAUGACCUGGGCCACAGUGGCCAGGACAGUAAGCGCGGGGAGGCCGCUGCCCCCAGCCCUGCCACUCACCUUGGUCUCCCCCUGCUGACGGACUACACCCAGCCCGACAGGCCCCACGACAGCCCUGCCCGCAGCAAACCCAAGAAGAAAUCCAAGAAGCACAAAGACAAGGAGAGGGCGGCCGAGGACAGGCACCGGACCCAGCCGCCAGAUCACGCUCCUGCCACCCACAGAGCUCCGCCCGAUGCCCCAGGUCUGAACGGGACCUGCAGCAGCGCCAGCGUGCCCUCGUCCACAUCAGAGACACCAGACUAUCUGCUAAAAUAUGCGGCCAUCUCCUCCUCCGAGCAGCGCCAGAGCUACAAGAACGACUUCAACGCCGAGUACAGCGAGUACCGCGACCUGCACGCCCGCAUCGAGCAGAUCACGAGGCGCUUCACACAGCUGGAUGCCCAGCUGCGGCAGCUCUCGCAGGGCUCCGAGGAGUACGAGACCACUCGCGGGCAGAUUCUGCAGGAAUAUCGAAAAAUCAAAAAGACCAACACCAACUACAGCCAGGAGAAGCACCGCUGCGAGUACCUGCACAGCAAGCUGGCGCACAUCAAGAGGCUCAUCGCCGAGUACGACCAGCGGCAGCUGCAGGCCUGGCCCUAGCCGGCACCCUCCACCUCACGAGCCCUCUGGGUGCCAGGGGCUGGGGGGCGCGCGUGGGAGAGAGGAUUUAUUUAAAACAAUAAACACGGGAGAUG